AUGCAUCGCAACACAGAUGUUGUGGGGCAGAUUCCAUCUGUUCAAGGUUCGGACCUGACGGCCGCUGGAGUGAUGAGUCGAGUUGUUGUCCGUUUAAUGAUUGAACCGAUGGUGGUCGUGUACCUCUCUUUGUGGGAUGAUGCUGCAUCAAUGUUUAGGGGUCUCAUUAGCUCAGGUGAUAGGACACAGUUAGUCACGGUGGUCACAACCGUGAAUCCCAAAAUAUUUGGAGGUAACCUGUACCUCAACUCUACCCCAGCGGCGAAAUUUUAUUUCGACCCAGCUCUACAAGCUAUCGUGGAGUUCACGGCCAGCUUAAACGCCCGCUUGGGAGAAGCUUUUCCGUGCAUCGACACCAAAGAUGGCAUAAAAAAGAAGGAAGUUGUCUCCAUUGGAGAGCUGAACAAGUUCAUUACCAACUCUGACGAACAGACGCAGGAAGCUGAUUUCAUUUGCAAAGCUCGGGUUAUGGAAGUCCUGCAACAGAAUGGUUGGUCUUUCAUUUCUUGCACUGGCUGCAUCAAGAAGCUUGAAAAGUUUGGGAGCUCUCUCCGUUGCAACCGUUGUGCUAAUCCUAACGUCACAGGGGUUAUAAAGUACCGUGUUGAACUUGUCGUUGAUGAUGGGGCUGAUAAUGCCACUUUUGUGGUCUUCGACAAGGAGAUGGUGAAGUUGACCAAGCAGGAUGCAGCAGGCCUGACUCUAGAUGAGAUGAAUGGUGGUGAGAGCGAGGAACUCCCGCAAUGUGUUAGAGACCUUGCUGGAAAAGAAAUUGUUUUCCAUAUACGUGUGACACCAUUCAAUUUUACCCCAAGCCACCGUACUUUCACUGUCUCUUCAAUCCUUGACAGCAUCCCUUCCGAGACGUUUAAGACCACUGAAGAUGAAUAUGUUCAGGUUGAAGGUGGUGAAGCGUCGGCAUCUGCUAGCAAGAAUGUCAAAGGUGAAGCUAAUGAAUCAUGUCCAUCUGCUGAUGGAGGCGCAGAAGGGACCCGUAAACGCCUUCGUGAGUGA